AUGGCUAGUGGUAAUUUUACAGCGGUUACAGAGUUUAUUCUUUUGGGCCUCACAGAUCGUCCUGAGUUGAAAGUGUUCCUCUUUGUGCUAUUCUUGCUGAUCUAUACCAUUUGUUUAGUGGGGAACCUAGGGAUGCUUUUCCUCAUCCAAAUAACCCCCAAGCUCCAAACUCCCAUGUAUCAUUUCCUUAGCUGUCUGUCACUUGUUGAUGCCUGCUACUCAUCAGUCUUUGCACCCAAAAUGCUGCUGAACUUCUUUGCGGAAAGGGAGACGAUCUCUUUCUCUGCGUGCAUUGUGCAAUACUUCUUUUUUGUAUCCCUCCUGACCACGGAAGGCUUCUUGCUGGCUGCAAUGGCUUAUGACCGCUACAUGGCCAUCGCCAACCCUUUACUCUACACGGUAGCUAUGACUAAAACGGUUUGUGUGGUCUUGGUCAUCGGUUCAUGUGUAGGUGGUUGCAUCAACUCAUUGACACACACAGUUGGUUUGCUGAAACUUUCUUUCUGUGGGCCAAAUGUCAUCAGCCAUUUCUUCUGUGACCUCCCUCCGCUGCUGAAGCUCUCCUGCUCUGACACGUCCCUGAACGAACUGUUGCUUUUGAUCUUCUCUGGUGUCAUUGCCAUGAUCACUUUCUUGACUGUGAUGGUCUCCUACAUCUUUAUCGUUGCUGCUAUCCUGAGGAUUCGUUCAGCUGCCGGGAGAUACAAAGCCUUUUCCACCUGUGCUUCGCAUCUGACAGCCGUGACGUUAUUCUAUGGCUCUAUAAGCUUUAGCUACAUUCAGCCCAGCUCCCAGUAUUCCUUGGAACAAGAAAAGGUGGUCUCUGUGUUUUAUACCUUGGUGAUCCCUAUGUUAAACCCCUUGAUAUACAGCCUCAGGAACAAUGAAGUGAAGGAGGCUGUGAAAAGAGCUAUAGAAAUGAAAUAUUUCCCUUGCUAA